AGUCGGCGGCGGAGUACGUGAAGGCGCGGCUGCCCGAGGUGCUGAAGCAGCACCUGCAGGACUACGAGCGGGACAAGGAGAACAGCGUGCUGUCCUACCAGAGCAUCCUGGAGCAGCAGAUCCUCUCCGUCGACAGGGAGAUGCUCGAGAAGCUCGCCGUCUCCUACGACGAGGCAGGUACGGCCGCCCUGCUCAAAAUUCUCCUUUUUCUGCCCCAAAAAAUGGCGCUUUUCUCCAAAUCCCCUGUGCAGGUUGAGCUUUUUGUUCUUGCUUUUGUUCCUCCUUAGGUGGGUCCUCAUAAUUCUCAUUUUUCUGCCCCAAAAAAUGGCUCAUUUUCAGUCCUUCCCCAAGGUCCUUCAACUUCUGUCCUCGUUUUUGUGAAAUGUUUCAUCCUUCUGAAAGGAUUCCUCAUAAUUCUCAUUUUUCUGCCCCAAAAAAUCGCUCAUUU